AUGGCCACGAGCGGUCGAACGCCGAGAGCGUCAGUGAAGAAAGUGGACUACUCUCCACAACCGUUUCCUAUUGAUCUGAGGAAGCAGCGGAUACCGGCUGCCAAGAGAGCAAGGAAGGAGUCGGUGAGCAAAGAGGGCGAUGUUACGAAUGCAGGCUCUGGAGUUUCUGCCCCCAAGAGUCGAAAGCGGGCUCGCACCAUUUCGGUCAUGUCGACGCAACGAAAUAGCGCCGGGCAGCUGGGGGUCAAUGACCCCAGUAAGCCACAAGCAGUCGAUUCUGCUCAAGCGCCAUCGCAACCUGGUGCUCCUAGGGUGACAAGAUUCGAGGAUCCACACGCAAAGACACAGGAUUCUGUUCUUUCUGCUGUGGAUUCGCCUUCAAUUGACCCGCAACAAUCAUUCCCUUUUCAGACAUCCUUGCCAUACAGGAACGUGGUCAAGUUUGCGGCACAGAACCGGAUUCCUCUACCAUCCACAGCAGCCAGGCGUUCAUCUUCUGAACAGAUGCCGCCGCCACCGACACCACAAAGAGGCGCUGUGAUGCGAUUCUCCCAAGAAUCAGAUACACGCAUCCAAGGGCCACCACGCCUAAUGGAAGCAAAACCAUACCUGCCUAAAGGAGAAUGUUGUCCAGGGCACGACCAGAUGGUCUCUCUUUCAAUGAACAUACGCUUUGGAUCAUGCUACUCUGAGCCAAGAGAAGUCACCUUGGACACUGGCUGUGAGGCCUCGACCAUCCAGAGAGCCUUCCUAAGCGCAGUAUUACCCAAUAUAUCGAUUCGCAAAUUAACACCCCACGCGAUCGAAUUGGCAAAUGCUACAAAGGAAGGAAACCAUCUAGUGACAGAGUAUGCGGAUAUCCCGAUCUUCAUUGACGGUACGGAUAUGAAUGGAGCUGUCACACUGAGGACGACGCUUCGAGUAUUGGUGGACUCAAAGGCCCAAUUUGAUCUGCUGCUGGGUAAUAACUUUAUGGUCCCUCAGGGGGCGCAUCUUGAUUUGCUGGGCGGCAAUAUGUACCUGAGAGCGAAUGGGUACUUUGAAUGUCCGUUGGUCAUUAAGCCGCCAUUGAAGCUUGAGCGUUAG